GAAAAACUGCUUUAUCAACUUUGUUUUCGGAAAUAUAUAAAAGCGCAUCUUAGAUAAUUCAACAUUCAUUCAGUGAGAUAUAUCAGUCAGUAAUUACGUUAGAUUGCAUUUCAUUUUGAAAAAAUGUUGAAGUUAUUAGUAUUUGCUGCCUUACUCACAGUAGCCUACUCUCAAAAAAGUGCUGUAGCUUACUUAACCGAUCCGAAUGGAAUUAGUGGCGUUACUGGAAAUAUUACUUUCACCGAAACAGCUUUAGGAGUUCUGGUUAGUGGAGAAGUACAUGGUUUGACUCCUGGACAACAUGGUUUCCAUAUACAUGAAUUUGGAAAUAUCAGUCCUGGCUGCUUAGCAAUGGGUAGUCAUUUCAACCCGAAAAAAGUGAACCACGCUGGUCCACAAAAUGAAAUACGUCAUGUUGGAGAUCUCGGUAAUAUUAAAGCAAAUGAUGAUGGAAUAGCGUAUGUAAACAUUGUAGACAGAGUUAUAGCUCUACGUGGUGUCAAUGAUAUUAUUGGAAGAGGGGUUGUUGUCCACAAUACAGUUGAUGAUCUUGGACAAGGUGGUAACGAAGAGUCACUUAAAACUGGAAAUGCUGGAUCGAGACUAGCAUGUGGUGUAGUUGGAAAAAACUUUUAAAAUUUUCUGUUAGAUUCAUUAUAAAAGAUAUGUUACUUUCGUAAUAAAUAUGUUGUUUCUUAAAA